AUGCCACUGAGUUGUACGGCACGAGCACUGAAAUUCUCAUUAUUCAUAUUCAAUUUGGUGUUUCUGCUAUGCGGUUUGAUAUGUCUUGGUAUAGGAUUAUGGCUGGUCCUUGAUAAAUACGCAAUUGACAACUUGGCCUUUGCCACUGCUAAAGUACAAGGUUAUGAUCAAGAUGCCGGACUCCGAGAUUUGGCAACAAAACCAACUGCAGUUCGUCAAUUCGGUUAUCUUCUAUUUAUCGGUGGAUUGAUAGUUAUAGUCGUGGCGUUCUUGGGGUGUUGUGGUGCUGCAAAGGAGUGGAGGCCUCUGUUAUGUUGUUACUCAUCCUGUCUAAUGAUGAUACUUGCCAUUCAAAUAGCAGCAACAAUCUAUGCAUUCCUUCACAGUCACAUGUUCGAAAACGACUUUCGAGACAUUCUACAUUCAUCAUUAAAAAUGUACAAUGGAACAGAUAACAUGAAAAUUGCCAACCCCGGACAAGAUGGACUGUUGGUGAAGACAGCGUGGGACAAGAUUAUGAUUGAGAAGUCGUGUUGCGGUGUUGAUUCCAAACUCGGAGAAUUCAACAAUUCCGGCUGGUACCACUUGAAUAGAGGUCGCGAUCAAUUCCCACCAGCAUGCUGUCCGGCUGAUGAGCACGGAAGACUUAGACCUCACUGUACCACUAUUAUGAGACAUUCUCACGGUUGCUACGCAAAAAUCGCCGAAUCGUUUCAAGAAGUCACAUCGCAUUUCAAAAUCGUCUCGUGGACAGUUAUAUUAUUCGCUUUGAUCCAAGGUUGUAUAACGCCAUUAUAUCGUGAAAACCAAAUACACUUCUCUGCUGUAUUUUCUAUUCUUGUUGUUCUGACAGUACUUGAUCUAUUGCUAUUCAUUGUUGGAGUCCAACUGUUCCGUCGUAUCCGGAUUGAGAUGCUCUACUAUUUCUAA